GGUCUCCCAGUCUGCGUCGGGUCUCACCAAUAUAUAAAAGGCCACACCGGGAGCACCGGACACAGUAUAACACACCAGCUGUCCUGACGAAGGGUCUCGGCCCGAAACGUCGACAGUGCUUCUCCCUACAGAUGCUGCCUGGCCUGCUGUGUUCCACCAGCAUUGUGUGUGUGUUGUGUGAUUCCCCGAGUCUGCAGCGCGCGUAGUGGACAAUCGCGGUACUGCAGGGGAUCAGCAACUCCCCGAAAGUGAAAGCAUUCUGAAUCAGGAAGUGCCGGAGUUAACAUGGCUUCGAAAGGAGAGACCGACAGUUUGAGCGAGGAGGUGAUUUGUCCCGUCUGUCUGGAUUUCUUCACCGAUCCGGUUACACUGGAGUGCGGACACAACUUCUGUCGCUCUUGUAUCACACGGUAUUGGGAAAGGGAGGAGAGAAACUCCUGCCCGGAAUGUAGAGAGGAGUUUGCUGACCGCACCCUCAGGGUGAAUCGGGCCUUAGCAAAUCUGACACAAAAAGUACGAAAUCUAAACCUGAAUCCGAAAGGGAAGGAAAGUAAACGUCACUGCGAGGAACAUGAGGAAGAACUGAAGCUGUUUUGUGAAACGGACAAGACACUGAUCUGUCUGGUCUGUAGAGACGCGCAGGAACACAGAGAGCACCGCUUCAUGCCGAUUAAAGAAGUUGUUAAAAUCUACAAGGAUCAGCUAAAAUCUUCCUUAGACUCUCUCACAAAAAAGAAAUCAGACUUCCAGGAAAAGGAGCAGCAACAGAAAGAGAAGAUUUCCGGAGUUCGGGAACAGUCACACAGUGUUCAGUCCCACAUCACAUCCCAGUUUGCUGAACUGCGCCAGAUUAUCACUGAGAAAGAGCAGAGCUUACUCAGGGAUCUCAGGGAAGAAGAGAAGAGGAUUCUCAACCCAAUGGAGAAAAAUCUUCUAGCCCUUCAAGAGAAUAUAAGGAUUAUUCAGGAGGAAAUCACUAAGUUAAAGGAACAGAUGGAUCAGAACGACAGUGUGAUGUUUCUCAAGGAGGAAGCUCGUCGGAACAGAAGGAUUAAUGACGAUGUCCAGGAAUUGUCAGUGACAGAUGAGACCCUACCGGUUGAAAAAUUCGAUCACCUCUAUUUGUUGAACACAGUGCUGAGAGAAAUGCUUGAUGCUAUUAAUCGAGUCUCUGUCACACUGGAUGUGGAAACGGCGCAUCCGUGGCUCGAGGUGUCUGAGGAUCGGGAGAGUGUGAGACGGACCUGGACCUGGAGGAAUCUCCCUGACACCGGGAAGAGAUUCACAGACCUGCCUUGUGUGCUGGGAUCGGAGGGAUUCACAUCGGGGAGACAUUACUGGGAGGUGGAGGUGACGGGGAUUCGGGUCUGGUGGCUGGGAGUCGCCGCAGAGUCUGUGGAGAGGAAGAGACGGGUCAGUCCGAGUCCGGAGACCGGAUUCUGGGUCAUUGGGCGGGUUAAUGACGUGUUACAUCGGGAAUAUGACAUGUCCCGUGGGCUCCCCUCCCCUGAGUGCCGUCUCGCUGCCGGCCCCAUCCCCGGGAGGGUGGGAGUUUAUCUCAGUUACGAGUCCGGGACAGUUUCAUUUUACAACGCGGGGACCAAAUCCCAUCUCCACACCUUCACUGGGAAUAAAUUCACGGAGAAACUUUAUCCUUUC